UCUCCCUAAAAUAUACUGCAUAUAAAUCUAUAUGAAGACAAACACAAGACUCGAUAAACGAUAGCCGAAAUUAUAUGCGAAAAUGCGCUAAAGAUAUCGCAAAAACUAUUUUAUCGGUUUCCUUACAUGCGAUGGAGAAAAUGUUAAUAAAAACAUCCUGCAGAGUUAAAAGUGAGAGACAAAAAUUUAUUUUACAGGGCAAUUGUGCGAAUAAUAUGCACAAGGAUAUUGUGAAAUGCUCUCAAAAUAACAUCAAGACCAUUACUGCCAUCAAUAAAAACAGCACCAAAAGUAAUACGAAAAUACCGCUCAUGUGUUGUUCGCAAAUACAAUGGAAGAAUUGUGUGGUGGGUGAGGCAAAUAAAAGGGUGGGCGGUAUGUGCACGGCGGCGAAUGUCGACUACCUGGACAUGUAUUUCGAGAAAGCCAUGUUAGACCCGAUGAACAUAUUUUGCGCCGAUUAUCAAGAUUCAGACAAAUGCGAUACAUUGAUGAGACAAUUGCCUACAACCGACUCAAUUAGACUCAAAUACGCGACACUAUUCCCGGCGUUAAUCGAGUUGUUUGAGUCGCUCUGA